AAAAAACACGGAGUAUAAAUCAAGUCGGUGAUCCAGAAUCCCUGGUAAAUAAAGUUUAAAUUAGUAGACGCAGAAAGGAAAAAGUGACUAAUUAAUGUCUGCCUUUCACAUCUUCAAGGGUAAUCAUUCGCCCCUCCAUCUCCUGAGCUCAUGAAAUCCUCAAUGGCUCAAUCAGUAACUAAACAUUGACCCAUCAUCAUCCCCAGUUCCCCACCAUCAUCACAUUACAUAUAUAAGAAAAGUACAAAAUACAAAUGGAUGUGGGGAGAAGAAGAAAUGUGGUGGGAGGGUCUGUUUGGGAGAGCAGGAUUAGACAUGAUGAAGUCAAAGGUGGGAUCAAAGCUCUUAUCAACACUUCCCAAACUGAAGAAGAAGAUGAAGAAUCUGAAAACCCACAAGAACAAGAUGACCAAGAUUCCACCUUUGUUCAUGAAGAAGAUGAUAAAGUGGGCCCAAAACCCAGUCUUGGGAGAAGGAAAACUUGGAAAUCUGAAAGCUUUGAGCUAAGCCCAAUUCAAAUUGCAAGAAGAACAAGAUCUCAUUCGACCCAGAGUUUGGAUGAGGAGAGGUUCAAUGAAUUGAGUGUAAAAAGCCCAAUCCAGAGAAGCCCAGCGGAGAAGAUUAAACCAAGAAAAUUGAAGCUAUUGGUGGACAAUGGAGCAAAGCAGAAGACUUCUGAAUCAAGAAAGGAUUUUGAUGAGAAUGGGAAGAGUUAUGAGGCUAUUCAAGGGUUUGAGGCAAAUAAGGUCGCUUUUGAUGAGUCAAGAAAAAAUCUUAAAAGUUGUUUGGGGGAUAAUAAUGAGAAUAGAAAAACUGGGAAUAGGAUAACAAGAUCGGAAGAAAACUGUGACGUACAAGAAAAAGUCAUCGCAAGCAUUGGUACCCUAGAAAUGGUCAAAUCUACCCCUAAAGUGGAAGAGGAUGGUUUUGAUGAAGACCCAUGGGAAGAAGCCCAAGAAAACGUUGAGGUUAGUCUUGAGAAUAAAGUAAAUGUGACAGUAGUGGAGAAGCCUCAUAUUAGAAAUGAAAGACUUGUGCCCAUUUCAUCAAGUACCAAACCAGUUUCAGAGGAAUCACACAGAACUACUCCUAGACCUCACUGCAGACUGCAUAGCUAUGUUGAUCUGGUGAUGUGGAGAGAUAUAUCAAGAUCAGCCCUUGUGUUUGGUAUUGGAACAUUUGUGAUUAUUUUCUCUACAUAUUUUAAAGACUUCAAUACCAGCAUGAUUUCUGCGCUUUCAUACAUGGGUCUGGUAUAUCUUGCUGUUAUUUUCACAUUCAGGUCCCUUAUUCACAGGGGAGACAUACAAGUAGGUGAAACAAGUGAUUGUGUUGUUGGAGAGGAUGAAGCAAUGUGUGCAGUAAAAAUGUUACUUCCUUACAUAAAUGAGUUUCUCUUGAAUUUCAAAGCCUUGUUCUCUGGAGACCCUGCCACAACAAUGAAGAUAGCAGUGCCACUUUUUGUUUUGGCACAAUGUGGCAGCUCCAUAACCAUUUGGAGGAUGGCUAAAUUGGGCUUUUUUGGAGUCUUCAUGGUCCCAAAGCUCUGCUCUUCCUACUCCUCUCAGUUAGCUGCCUUUGGUACUUUGUGGGUUAGGCGCUUCAGAGGCUACUGGGAUUCAUGUGCUCAUAACAAAGCAAUAGCAAUCUGCAUUUUCAUGGUGGUAUGGAUUUUUUCUUCUGUCAUUGUUCAAAUCUGGGCAGUGUUCAUGUUGUUUGUGGCAUUUGGAUACUACCGACAAUAUUGGACGAGAGAGCGCCAAUUUGUAGAUGAGGAAACCACAGGUGCAAGAGAUGAAUAUUCAGGACUUCUUGGUAGAAGGAUAGCCAAUGGACACACAAAGGCGAAAUAGAGCUUUAUCGACCGGUUUUCAGGGAGAUAAUGUAAAGUGCAAUUAGACGGACCUAAGGAGGGCCGAAGAUGGAAUGUCCCGGACCGGAAUAUGGUAUGGUGCGUUGUUGAGAAGCAGGGUAGUUGUUUGUCUUAGAGGGGCAAGCAGGGUAUUCACAAGGUCCUGCGUAUGGGAGAUUUCAAAAUGUGGUGUAUUGUUCUGAACUUUUAUCUUUAGGAUCAUGCUAUAAGUCCUAAUAGACUUAGCAAGUUAGCAAUAGUCAAGACUCACAAAUAGCCUUACAAUACACACACAUGAGCAAUCUUAUUUUACAACAAAUCAUACUAUCAUAGCACUUUUGCUCAUAGUAUAGGUACAUGAGACAUUGAAAAUCUUGUACCUAUAAUAUUUUCUUCAAGUAAGCUUUUGGGAUAUAUGUCUGCUCUCAGAUAUUUGUUAUACUGUUUUACCAAGUAAUAUGUGUUGUAUAAUGAAUU